GGUACACAGUAGGACCAGUCAUCGUAAGUCCGGAUAACAAACGCCGAUGAUCCGCCAUCCCACUUCAUUCCUACGUGUACGUUGCGUCCAUAUUAAGCAAGGUGGCUUUUUUUUUUUUGUAAACUACUAGCCCUAAAAUACUACCACAGCCGGCUUUCCUCUGCCUCCUUUGACAUUGGCAACUUCAUCAUCACCCCCGCCCUCCACGCAACACCUUAUCGACCUGGUCCUCCUUACCCCUUGCCAAAUAAGAAGAGUGUCAUCUCGCAGCCCGUUCCAACCUUUACACAUAUCUAGCAAUCAAGCAAAGAUGUCUGCCCAGGAUCGCGUCCAGCAUUAUGUGUCCUUACUUGACCGAGAGCUCUCCAAGUAUGAUGCCCUCAACAACCUAGAGAAGCAGAUAGGCGUCCCCAAGGUCUAUGCCGUCAUCGGCGUCGCCAGUCUCUACUUGUUCUUCAUCAUCUUUAAUCUCGGAGGCCAGCUCCUCACCAACUUCGCCGGCUUCGUCGUCCCCGGAUACUAUUCCCUCGCCGCCUUGUUUAGUACCACCAAGUCGGAUGAUACGCAAUGGCUGACGUACUGGGUCGUCUUCUCCUUCUUCUCCGUCGUUGAGAGCGCCUUCAGCGUCGUGUAUUGGUUCCCCUUCUACUACACCUUCAAGUUCAUCUUCCUCCUCUGGCUCUCGCUGCCCAUGUUCGGUGGUGCGCAACUGAUCUUCCGAUCCUUCCUACAACCUAUGCUCGGCCGAUACUUCUCCGAGUCUGGCUCGACUGCUGCCAACCUACGCGCCAAGGCCGACUCGCUCGGCAAGGACCAGUAGGCCAGUCUAUCUGACCGGACCAUUGCUACGAGCAUGGAAGCAAGGAGCGCAGCGACCCGCACUAUUCCAGCAGACAAAUAAAGAUUUACCGAAUCGGUGGGACUAGAGCACUUGUUGGCAAUGGCCCAUACUUAGGGGGGGGAACGCCCCAAUGAGGAACCGAAGAGACGAGGCGAUGACGUGGUAGGGGAGGACUCGUCCAGCACCGCAUCGCAACAUGGUUACUGGUUCUUGCAGCGUUGGUACUGGCUCGUCUUUGCGCUGGGGAUAUGGUUUCGUUGGGCGGACAUAGACACAGGCUUGAGUGUGUGUGGCACACGUACCUCGAGGGAAGGUAUAGAUAGAAUGUGGAUCACGAACAACUUGGUACUUUGACAGCAUUCCCGGCGCUGGAAUCGUUCUGUUGAAGCUCAAGUUUUUUUUUUCUUCCUUCACUGUACGGACUGAGUAGUAUGUAGGACUUGCUUUGUCCUGAAUUAUGAUUGAUGAUUUGAAUUGCUA